CUAUGAAAGUGCGAUCGUGGUUUUCAGCAGUUCUCAGAACGAUUCUUAUUCCAUUUUCAACUGCCGGAGCAGAAGUGAAUUCAGAAGAAAACGAAAAUGAUAUGAACGAAGAGAUAUCUCCCACACUGACCUUUGCACAUUUGGUAUCUUGCCUCUGUGUAGUUCUUGGCAUUUAUUCCGGCAAACAGACGACGGACGAUACCGCACGGUUUGUAGUGUGGGGAUUGGUCAUGGGACUUGUCGCAUGCGGAUUGCUCGCCUUGGUUAUCCUGAUAUGUUCUAACUCGUUCAUGCAAAAUCAACCUGAAACAGAAGUGCCUAAAGACUAUUCUCUAAAUUUAAGAGUUGUUUUUCUCUGGCUCUUUGGACUGGGUGUCAUCUUGAAAAGUGCCGUAUAUAUUGCUAUACAAAUAGAAUGUUUUUCAAAAGUGUCUCAAGAUUUGAUGAUGUACGCAGGUAUCUUUAGUACAGUUCUAUUUAUUUGUUUUAUUGUUUUGCAAAUGGGAACCAUAACAUAUUACAGAAACUAUCAUUUCAGAAAGUCAACUCGAAUUAAUUUUGCAAUCGUAUUUCUUUCGCUGGCAAAUUUUGCAGUGUGGUUGAAUUCUGUUGUUAGCAGUUUAAAUGGAAUUUAUGCUACAAAUCCCAAUGAAACCACACACAUGAAAAUUUUUAAAAACGAAUCGAAAUGCUUCUUUAGCUCUAAAAUCAACAAAGAGUUAGCACAAAAGCUCAUUCCCUUUUUGUUGCCAACUCAGAUGGAAUUUUUCAUCCUAGCGUCAAGUUUUGUGCUGUCAUUUUGGCAUUCCUUGCCAGAACAGCGAACUGAAAUUGAUCUAGAAGAGACAGGAACGUUCUCCGAGGAAUCGCAGGAACUGUUACCACUGUUGCCUCGUAAUACUGAAAAUCGGGCUAGCAACGUUGUUGUCAUUAUGAUUUCCGUUAUCCUGAAUCUGCCAACGUUUCUGACAUGGCUUCUUCUUUCGUUCGUGUACACAGACAAUAAUAUAGGACUUCGCAAUGCGUAUGAAAUUUGUAACUGUAUCAACUCUAUUGCGACCAUCACAAUUGUUUACGUUGCCUUUGACCAUUUGUCGAAAACUUAUUCCAUGAGUAAAUAUCAGCGUUCUCUGACAACGAGUGAAAUAAUUCUUGUGUUCAGCUCGGCCGGAGUAGUCGCAUACAGUACUUACGGACUACUUUUCGCCCUGCAAGGAAAUUUUGAGGAACAUUCAUCUGUCUUCUUACGAAACUUUAUUGAGAUAAUAGAGACCUUUUUACAAACAUCUCUUUUGAUACAGUGUCAGCGCUACAUAUUAUCUGAGCGAAGGUCCUCACUUCUUUCUUCUCUUGCAUUAAUUUUGACGAUAACAAACUUAAUAAAUUGGUUUCUCUACUCCAUAUAUCAAAAUGUACCAGCAGAAGGACAGGAGAAAAUUGUUGGCAACAGACGGAAUUGGACAUAUGUUCAAACCAUUCUUGUGCCAUUGCUUAUCUUCUAUAGGUUUACAUCUGCUAUGAAUUCGUAUUCACUUUAUCAUCAGAUUAAACCUUGAUUUUAUAUAUAAUUGAUGUAAAUCUUUUUACGUAUAUAGGAUAUGUUAUACAUGUAUAUUAAUGUGUAUUUUAAUUAAUAUACAAGAACUAUAUGUAGUAUGUUGAUGGCAAAAUUGAAGAUAACUGUACAUUGAACGGUAAAAUGUCUAUCACUGCAUGCAAGAUACUUAAUAUAAACAAAUUUUCUUUUAUCACAAUGAUUUGAAUUGUAGUGCAAGCAUGCUACUUGUAGGGGGCAUUUUAUAAGCUAGUGAGUGUGAUUCGAUAAUUUUCAUGUAAAGUUUACGUUUCCUUCUUCAAUAUUUAAAUAUAACUAUCACAUGUAGUUUUACAGUCAAUUUGUCUUAAAAGAAAUGUGCGCUGAAUUCCUAAGUCAACGAACUAGUUACUACCACAAAUUGUAAUACAUGACUGUACAUAAACCAAUAAAUCUAACAAAAACCUUAUCAAAAAAUUAUAUAGUAAAAGUUCAUUACUUUUCAUCUUUUAAAAAUAAUGACAGUGAUCUUGGCAUGAAAAAGAUGCCUCACUGCUCAAUGACCCUGAGUGCCGAGUAUAGGUCUAAAUUUGCAGCCGUCCAUCGACAAGUGGUGGUUUCUAUUCUUGAACAAGACAUUAAACAAACGUGUAUUCCUAUAGCUAUCCGAUCAAAACGAGCAAUGGGAGGCACCACGACAUUAUG